GCAGAAAAAUGAAGAUGAGGAAAGCAAUGGCAUUGGCUUUAUUUCUUCAUAACUUUCUACUAAUCUCCGGCGAACUUCAUCGGAGUGAGUUUCCUCCGUCGUUCCUUUUCGGAACAUCAACUUCUUCUUAUCAGAUUGAAGGAGCAUAUUUAGAGGGACACAAAGGGUUAAGUAAUUGGGAUGUUUUCACUCACCAUUCCGUAAAAAUCAGAGAUGGCAGUAAUGGAGAUGUUGCAGAUGAUCAUUAUAACAGAUACAUGGGUGACAUUGAAUUGAUGCAUGCUUUGGGUGUAAACUCUUACAGAUUUUCGAUAUCAUGGUCUAGAGUUCUUCCAAGAGGAAGCUUUGGGGGUGUUAAUUUGGUGGGAAUUAAGUUUUAUAAUACUCUUAUCGACGCACUAUUGAUCAAAGGAAUUCAACCAUUUGUCACAUUAAGUCAUUUUGAUUGUCCUCAAGAACUCGAAGAAAGAUUCGGUGCAUGGCUUAGUCCACAAAUGAGGAAAGAGUUCAGUUUCUAUGCGGAACUAUGCUUCAGAGAAUUCGGCGACAGAGUGAAGCAUUGGGUGACAUUCAAUGAGCCAAAUCUCAUGCUACAUUUUGCUUAUACUAUUGGAGGAUUUCCACCUGAUCGAUGUUCAAAACCGUUUGGUAAUUGUAGUUCCGGUGAUUCAAUGACUGAGCCAUUCAUUGCUGCACAUAACAUAAUUCUCUCACAUGCAUUAGCCGCAAACAUCUACAAAACAAAUUAUCAGAUUAAACAAAAAGGUUUGAUUGGGAUUGUGAUGGCUGUCACUUGGUUUGAGCCACUCAGAGACAUAAUCCAAGACUAUUUGGCAAGUCAAAGAGCAUUAUCUUUCGAUGUUGCAUGGUUUUUGGAUCCUCUUGUUCAUGGUGAUUAUCCUUCUGAUAUGCAACAAAUGCUAGGACUGAGAUUACCGAUGUUUUCAUCAAAAGAAAAAAGACUACUGAAGAAUUCCCUUGAUUUCAUCGGAGUUAAUCACUACAGCAGUUUAUAUGCAAUGGAUUGCAAGUCUUCUUCAUGCAACAUGGAUGACUUUGAUGCUAACAAUGCAUUAAUAUACAAAACCGGAGAGCGAAACGGAGUACCGAUCGGACCUCUGACAGCAAUGCCAAACUCAUAUGUGGUUCCUAGCGGUAUGGAAAAGGCAGUAAUGUAUGUCGCACAGCGAUACAACAACACACCGAUGUACAUUACUGAAAAUGGAUAUGCACAACAUGAUGUUUCUUUGGAAAUAUUACUGAAUGAUGUGGAUAGAGUGAAGUAUUUGAGAGGUUAUCUUAAUUCUUUGAGAAAUGCAAUGAGAAAAGGAGCUGAUGUGAGGGGAUACUUUGUUUGGUCAAUUAUUGAUAAUUUUGAGUGGGCCUUUGGUUACACAUUGAGAUUUGGACUUUAUCAUGUGGACUUUAAAACACAAGAAAGAACUCCAAAAAGAUCUGCAGAAUGGUACAAAGAGUUUUUGACUGAUCCUGCGAUUCAAUCCAAGACAGUGUUCACUCACAAUGAAUCAUAAUAUUAUAUAAAUUUGUAUCAAAUUAGUGUGGGAAAUUAAGUUUUAGUAUUUGUGUUUUUUUUCAUUGUAUUAAUAGUGUUUGUGUUGUGCUGAUGAAGGAUUUGUAAAAUAAAUAAACCA